AAGAAGUGUUUUUUAUGGGUUAUGUUAUGGUAAAUAUUUAUUAUGAUAACAUUGACAAUGUGUUGUGGUUUUUCUUCUUGUUGGAAAUAUAAAUAUCUAUAAUUCUCAUUCAAUUCAAAAAUGGAUGAAUUGGUAAAUAAAAAACAUGAAUCUUUCACUUUCGAAAAAUUCACGCCUGACAUACACUUAUCUUUCAAUGAUAAUCAUAUCUGCAAUGUUCCUCCUAUCAGUAGUUUUGAAUAAUAUUUUAUUAAAUAAUGGUAAGGGCCGCAAGAUGACAUUGUUUGAAGAAAAAACUCACAGUAUCUAUUUUUUAGAACAAUGUAAUUGCCCAUCUGAUAGAAUCAAGUAUGAAAUUAUACCAAAAUCUAGAAAGAGGUUGCUUACCUAUAAGCAUCGCCUUGCUGUAUUAGUUCCAUAUAGGGAACGGUUCGAGGAACUUCUUGAAUUUGCACCUUUUAUGUGUAAAUUUCUCAACAACCAAAAAAUCAACUAUGACAUAUACAUUUUGAACCAAGUAGACCACUAUAGGUUCAACAGAGCAUCUCUUAUCAAUGUUGGAUUUUUACAAAUACAAGCUGAUUAUGACUAUAUUGCAAUGCAUGAUGUGGACUUGCUACCUUUGAAUUCUAACUUAACAUAUCAUUAUCCAGAACAACCUCAUCACUUAGCUGCUCCAAAUUUACACCCUAGAUAUAAUUAUGAAAAGUUCAUAGGAGGGAUUCUACUCAUCAACAGAUAUCAUUUUCAAAUGGUUAAUGGUUUGUCAAACAGAUAUUGGGGAUGGGGUUUAGAAGAUGAUGAAUUCUAUGUGCGGCUCAAGGAUGCCCACUUGAACAUUAGUAGACCCCAGAAUAUCAACACAGGAAGACAUGACACAUUCAGGCACAUUCAUGGCAGGGAAAGAAAAAGAGAUACAGUUAAAUGUGAUAAUCAGAGAGAAAUAACAAGAAAAAGAGAUCGACAGACAGGCCUUCAUGAUGUGAAAUAUACAGUUAACAGCUCUAAGGAACUGGAGAUUGAUGGGGCAUUAGUAACAGUCAUCAAUAUACAUUUACACUGUAACCAUACUGCCACGCCAUGGUGCGACUGUUCAAAUAAAAAACCAGAAACAGAAAAGACGAAGAAAAUCAAAGGAAAGUGAAUAUGAGCCUUGGGCCUUGAUUCUCAAGUGUCCACUGAUCAAGCUAUGAAUAGUAGGCUAUUUUGAAUACAGGGUGAUUUACCCAAGGUUGCGAAGAAUUAUUCAGUGGGUU